CAUUUUACUUGUCUCCCUUCCCUAGGAUCGGACCUAUAAAUACUGAUUUCCCAGCUGCUCAUUUCUAUCCAUUGUUGAAACAGAAAAGCUCUGUAUUCAUUAGCUUCGAUACAUUAUUAUUCAAGAAAAUGGCUUUCAAGAAAACAUUGGCCCAACGUUUAUCCAAUAUUUACAGAAUAACCUCUCCUUCUUUAACCAGUUGCCGGAUUACGUCCUCACCGGCGGCUACGAGUACUGUAGCCUCCAGGCCUAAGCCCGACACCAUAGCCCCCGAUCCGGGAGAUGCCGGUGUGUUCCGACGCUUCCUUCACCGCCGGCCAUUGUCGCUUUCCUCUUCGGAGAUCCGCUCGCUCCCGACGGGGCAGGGAUUGAUUGAGAAAUUAAGGGGGAUGGACAUUUCCCGGGAUAGGAUCAGGCUGGAUGGAUUAAUACCGCCGCCGGUGGAGACGGUACCGGAGUCAUCGGAAGGGAAUUUCUCGGUGACGGAUUUGAAGAAGCUGCUGAGAUUGUCGCAGCUUGAUUUGGUGAAGGAGAAGCUGAGGCAGAUUGAGAAGAGCUACAUUUCACACGAUGAGUUCGUCGAGAUCUGCCGGGACGGUUGCUGGAGCCGGGAUGACGCUCAGAUGUUCGCCAAAACGCUGGAUGAAUCCGGCACCGUUGUCGUAUUGGGAAACGUCGUUCUCCUCCGGCCAGAACAGGUGGUGAAAGCCGUCCAAGGCCUAAUGCCUGUGCCAUCACCCAACCCGAAUGAUCCAAGAUUGAAGGAAUUCCAGGCAAUGGAAGAACUAAAGGGAGCCAUUGACAGGAAAGCCGAUUCGUUGGUUCGCAGGGAACUCUGGUGCGGACUUGGUUACUUUGUGAUCCAGACAGCAGCUUUCAUGAGAUUGACAUUCUGGGAAUUAUCCUGGGAUGUAAUGGAGCCCAUUUGCUUCUAUGUCACCACGCUUUAUUGUAUGGCUGGAUAUGCGUUCUUCCUCAGGACCUCCAUAGAGCCUUCUUUUGAAGGCUUUUUCCAGAGCCGGUUUGCUGCCAAGCAGAAGCGAUUGAUGAAGCUUCACAACUUCGAUCUGGAAAAGUAUAAUGAGCUCCGAAGAGCUUUUGAUCAUCGGUUUCAGCAGGCGGGUUUGGCCAACGCCUCAUCAUUGAAUCAUUCGAAUAAGCCUCUGCCUGGCCGAAUUCAGUCAAUUUUCCAUGAAAAGUUGACAGCAUUGUAGGGCAAAAACAUGUAGAGAUCUUUCACAAAAUUUCCCCCCCACCCAUUGAUGUUUGAUGGUGUUAUCUGCCAUCACUGAUUCAUUCAAGCCUUCCUGGCUGUACUGUUGUAACGGCAAUAGUGAUAGUAAAAGAGAAGAGUCUUUUUAAUUGUUUGAUUAGAAACUCUGGGAUGCAUUUCCAGUAAAAAUUAGCUCCAUGAGAUGUACGUUAGAUGAAUAAAAAAACUAGAGACGAUCUGGUCCAAAAACCAAGUUCGCAAUUGAGAUGCCUGUUAAUCUGGUAGUAUUUCAAUUUUGUACAGGAGGAAAUUUACAAAACGCGUAUUGGAAACAGAAAAUUAAAGUUGGAACCGUCCACAACUAAAAGCCACUAUUUUUUUUGGGUUUGGUCCGGGUUUCAUGUUCUACCUAAAUAAUAAGUUAGAACACAUUGCUAUUCCCCAG